AUGGCCCGCCGGAAUCCGACCCUGGAGGAGGCGGAGGAGCUCUCCCACUUCUCCAUCCCCGCCGCGCCCGAUGUCCGCCUGCCAUCGAGGUGGCAUCUCAGCGUCGACGGCAUGCCUGUCGCGCCGGUGCCCGACGUCGGCACGCCGAACUUCGCCCGCGCCGUCGGUCUGUACCGGGCGCAGCUCUCGCCGGAGGAGCAGGCGGACCCGCAGUAUGCCCCGGACCACCCCGGCUCGCCGACAACCACGACCGCCGCCUCCACACCUACGCCGGCCCCCGCCCGCCCGUCAAGCACAACAGCGCCUCGCGGCACCACCUCUGGGACGGGCGCUCCUUCGAGGACGUCGUCGCCCCACACCGCGCCUAGGCGGUCGCCGGCGUCGUGCCCGCCCCGACGAGCUACGGCUAUGUGCUCUUCCGCCGCGGCGAGGCGUGGUCCACCCGUGAAACCAUGGGCGCGCGGAUGA